AUGACCUCCAACAUGAAUUUCGAACCCCCAUCCUCCAUCCCACCACGGACCAGCUCUGCCAACGCUACAAACGGCCUGACAAGUCCGUCGAGCAAGUCGAAGCAUCGCCGCAACAAGUCCAGCGUGGAUGGCACCAAAUACAAAGAUGGCACAUGGUCACCGAGGAACGAGGAGAUCCUCAUGGGUCCCUACGACUACCUCCAGGCGCACCCAGGCAAGGACGUCCGCCGUGCAAUGAUCGAAGCCUUCAACUCCUGGCUCCAGGUCCCACCAGACAGCCUAGCGAUCAUCACCCGCGUGGUAGCUAUGCUACACACAGCUUCAUUACUGAUCGACGACGUCGAAGACAACUCAAUCCUCCGCCGCGGCAUCCCCGUCGCACACAACAUCUUCGGCACAGCGCAGACCAUCAACAGCGCAAACUACGUCUACUUCCUUGCGCUACAAGAGGUCCAAAAACUCAACAACCCGGCCGCGAUCAAUAUCUUCGUGAACGAGCUCCUGAAUCUUCACCGCGGUCAGGGAAUGGACCUCUUCUGGCGUGAUACGUUGAACUGCCCGACGGAGGACGAGUACCUUGAGAUGGUGGGCAACAAGACGGGCGGACUAUUCCGACUUGCGGUGAAGCUGAUGCAAGCGGAGAGCGCAACGGGUAAGGACUGUGUCAGGCUUGUCAAUGUCUUGGGCCUUAUUUUCCAGAUCUGUGAUGAUUAUUUGAAUCUUUGCAAUACAACGUACACGCAAAACAAGGGCAUGUGCGAAGAUCUGACGGAGGGCAAAUUCUCGUUUCCGAUUAUUCACAGUAUUCGUUCGAAUCCAGGGAGUCACCAGCUUAUUAGUAUUUUGAAGCAGAAGACCACUGACGAAGAGGUUAAGCGGUAUGCCGUGCAGUACAUGGAGAGUACGGGCAGCUUUGAGCAUUGUCGCGUUGUUGUUAAGGGGUAUCGGGAGCAGGCGUUGCGGUUGAUUGAUGAGAUUGAUGCUACUCCGAGUAAGAAUGGUGCUGGUGAUGGAAGUCUGGUGCGAGCGGUUCUGAAUAAGAUUGUGAAUUCUACUCUAGACAGCACAUGA